AUGCAGAACGGGGCCUUCGACAAGGUCGUGGACGGCGGUGUGGACGAGUUAUCGGUCAGCUAUCUGAUGGAAUCGCUAACAAUGGCGAUGAUCCAGAUGUUGUGCAGGACUCACAAGACGGCGACGGCGUGGCGGAUGCGGCCCACCACGUGGUUAGCGAUUUGCUCGGCGGUGGCGCUGGCGUCUGCUCCCACGGAAGCGGCCAACAUCCUGGCUGCCACAUCCUUCCCCGGCCGCAGCCACUUCAUCAUGUUUCGCCGCCUCUUCAAGGCGCUGGCCUCCAGAGGCCACAACGUCACUGUCGUCGGCCAUUACCCCCUGGACUCUCCGCUGGAGAACUACACUGACAUAAGCUUCAAAGGAGACGUCCCAGAAGCUGACAAUAAUAUGCCCUCGGCCGUCAUCAACCUACUGCGGAUGCCGUUCGCGGGGCCCGUCUUCCUGAAGAACAUCAACCGGCAGCUGUGCGCCAAGGUGUACGACCUGCCCCAGAUGCGGCGGCUCGCCAACUCCGGGUCGCGGUUCGACCUCGUCAUCUCGGAGGAUUUCGUCCACGACUGCAUGGCCGCACUGGCGCACAAGUUUCGCGCGCCGCUGGUCGCCAUCAGUUCUAGCAUGGCCCUCAACGGCGCGCACGACAGGGUGGGUAACCCAGACCACCCCGCCUACACGGAGCAGUGCCUGGUGCCCCUGAAGGCGCCGUUUGGCUUCUGGGAGCGGGUGUACAGCACGGUGAUGCACGUCUACGUGAGGGCCGUCGACUGGCUGAUGUCGGGUGGUUACGUCGAACAGAAGCUGCGCGAGGUGCUGGGAGCGGACACGCCGCCGCUGGAGCAGAUCGUCCGCAACACCAGCCUGGUGCUGGUCAACAGCCACUGGAGCGUCGACCAGCCCGUCCCCAGCGUGCCGGCCUUCGUCCAGGUCGGCGGGCUGCACGUCGAGGACCCCAAGCCCCUGCCGCAGGAUCUGCAGAGUUUUCUGGAUAAUAGUCCUCAGGGAGUGAUCUACUUCAGCUUCGGUUCCCUGGUGCAGCCUGACGAUUUGCCAGGGGAGAAGUUUAAAGCAAUUCUCGACACUUUGGCGUCGGUGCCUCAGAACGUCCUCUGGAAGGUCGACCCGGCUGUUCUGCCGCACCUGCCACACAACGUGCGAGCUCAGAAGUGGAUGCCUCAGAACGACGUCCUCUAUCAUCCGAACGUGCGGGUGUUCAUAACGCACGGCGGACUGCUGGGGACACAGGAGGGCAUAAUGGCGGGCGUGCCGCUGCUCGUCGUUCCGUUGUUUUCCGACCAAGAGCUGAACGGGGUGAGGGUGGCGGCUGCGGGCAACGGCGUCCGCGUCCGCUACGAGGACCUCACGUUCCAGGCGCUGCGGACUGCCAUCGAUACGCUGGUCAACGAUACCAGGUACAGCGAGCGGGCGAAGCAGCUGUCUUCCUUGUACAGGGACCGGCCUCGGCCGCCGCUGGAGGAGGCUGUGUACUGGGUGGAGUACGUGCUACGCCACAGGGGCGCCCCGCACCUCCGCUCUGCCGCGCUCGAUCUCGCCUGGUACCAGUACCUACUCCUAGAUGUCGCGGCCUUCGUCGUAGCAGCGGCAUCUCUCCCACUACUGGCGCUGCACUUCAUCUUCCGGAAAGUGGUCCGAUCACACAAGAACGAUAAGAAAGCGAAGAAAGAGUGA